CUAUCUUUGAGAUGGAGUUGGAAUGCGAUUUGGGUGCCAUACAAAAUGAGGAAUUGCUGAGGAAAAUGUGGCAGCAGUCCGAGGACAGCGAACGCAAAAAGCAGAUCCGAUCGCAUCUCUACAAGCUGCGAGAGUCGCGUCUCUGCAAUCUGUACAGGCACGAAGCGGACCCAAUGGCGGAGCCACAGGGAAAUGAUAAUGGUAAUGGCACGUCCUCGUUGACUGGAUUCGGGGCCAAGGAUCCCCUGGCCACGAGCCACGGGGACGCGCUGCUGGACCAGAACUUCCAGAGCCUCAAGUCCAAGGAGGUGCGCGACUCGAUGAGUCCCACCCACGAGCUCAAGUUCCAUUCGAUGACCCUCACGCAGCCGAGCAGCACGGGAUGGGAUGUGCAGACCUCCUCGGAGGUCAGCCCCGAUGGCAGGGCCUUCCGCACGGAGACUCUGGCCAAGACAGAUGGCAUUGAGAAGCUCAAUGGUGGCGGCCUGGCCGAGUUCAAGGGAAGGAACGAACAGCGGUCGAGUGCCUCGCACCAGGGGGAUGACCAGAACUACGUGAAGAAGGCCUCGGAGAGCACCAACACCCAGCUGCAGGAGAAGGUGGUGUUCGGCGACGAGAACAGCGGACGCACCGAGAUGAAGGUGAGCUCCACCUCCACCUCGUCCUCGUCCACCAAGAAGGUGGUGUCCUCCUCCUCGAAGUUGGAGUACGGUGAUGAGCCCGCCCAGCCAGCGCGCUACCUCAUGGAUGACCAGGAAAAGGUGUACCAGCAGCAGCAACAGCAACAGCAGCAGCAGCAACAGCAGCAGCAGCGGGAGUGGGAAGAGCAAUGUCGCAUCCAGGAGAAGCGCGUCCAAGAGCAGCGCAACCUGGAGCAACGCAUCCUCCAGGAGCAACUGCAGCAGCAGCAGCAGCGCCAGCAGGAGGAGCGCUUCUCGGAGAGUCGCGAGCAGAGCAACAGCACCCGGAACGUGCAGACCCAGCAGCACUACGAGGAGAACAAGCGGUACGUGGACAUGGACAAGGCCUCGCCCGAGUACCAGCGCCAAGUCCAGCACUUGAUGUCGCAGCCCGGCGAGAUCAUCUCCAACACGGUGGAGUAUCCCAAGCCCAAUGUGAAGAUGAUCACCACGGUGAAGCGCCUGCCCGAUGGCACCAUUGUCAAGAACAAGCGCUACGAGACCGAGCAGGUGAAUCCACAGACCCAGACCCAGAGCCAGACUCAGACUCAGACCCAGAGCCAGCGACGUACCCAGGAUGUGCAUGACAGCCAUAUCCGUAAUCAGAAUCAAAACCAGACACAGAACCAGAGCCAGAGCCAGCCUCGGGAUGUGGUGGACAAUGCUGAGCCACUGGGACGUCGUCCUGGGCCACAACAGCAACCGGGGGAACUGGAGCAGGUGACCCAGUCGCAGAGCUUCUCCUCGGUGAAGAAAUCGAGUCGCCGCUUCUCCACGGAGACCACCUCGGAGACGGUCGAGGAGUUUGACGAUCGCGGAAAACCCAUCACCGCCUCUCCCGCAGUCCGUCCCUCUGCGCAGUCUCCGCGCCAGCAGGCUUCGCCAGGCCGUGACUUCUCCACUCACGGCUUCCCAUCGGUGCGGCCCAACAAGCCCACGCAGGAGUUCUCCAGCCAGAGGCCCACCAACGAGACGGAGGAGGAGGUGGUGGUGGUCAAGUCGGAGAAGAGUCGCAAUGUCAAGCAGAGCUCCAGCUCCCAGCGCACCAUCGAAACGGAGAUUGUGGGCGAGGAUCAGCAUCAGCCCCAUUAUCGUCCCCAGAAUCAGCACCAGCCCCAGUCCCAAUCCCAGACCCAGCCCCAGAUUGCAGCCCCUACUCCCAGCUGGGAGCAGCCGGCGAGUCCCAGGCGCCAACCUGUGGACGACUACAGCACCCAUGGCUUCCCCUCGGUGCGCUCACGACCGGAUCAGCCGGAUGGCGAGGUGAUUGUCACGUCCAAGUCGGUGAGCCGCAACCAGAGUGCCAGCCACAAGUCGCAGACGGAGACGGAGCGCAUUAUCGAGACGCAGGUGGAUCAGGACUAUCCAAGGGCCCCCCACAGCCAAACGCACACCCACUCCAUUACCACCCACUCGCACUCGCCCCAAUCUGGUGGCCAGCCGGCCAGUCCACGCCGUGCCCCGACGAGCGGCCAGGGCUUCCCCGCGUCCCGAUCUCCCACACGUCCCUCGCCUCGCCCCGCCGCGGGCGCACGUCCUGGCACUAGGCCCGGAACUGGAAGCACUCCGAACAGCUCGGACACCUCGACCACAACGACGACCGUGACGCGUCGCCAGGUGCAGAAGGAGCGCGAGGUGGACGCCGCCCAUCGGGCCUUUGCGGCCUCGCUGCGCAGCAGUUCGCCGGCGGACAGCACCACUUCGGUGGGCUCGCACCACCAUCAGACGCCACGGUCGAGCAUCUCCUCGAGCCGCACCUACCGCCGGGAGGGACGCGAGGGCUCGCACGACAGCCAGGCGCCCUCGGAGUCGAGUCGCAUCAGCACCACAACGGUGACCAGGCAGGCAGCGGGUGGAUCAGCACCAACCACCCCCAGGAGUCAGGUGACGACCAAGACGAUCAGCACCGAACCCAAGUCGCCGACUCCAAAGGCGGCAACGACCACUGUAACGACCACGACAACCAGCACCACCAGGACAGUUGGUGGUGGCAGUGGUCCCUCCUCUCCGACAACAGCAGCAGCUCCAGCCAGUCCCACUCCAGUUCCAGAUAACAAGCUAUCACAGUAUACGUAUACUACCACUAAGCCUGGCGACAUAUUCUCUCUGCCAUCAACUCCAACUCCAACUCCAACUACUCCUCCUACUAUUAACAACAACGAACCAACAACAACAACAACAACAACUACACCACUAACCACCAACAACAAAGACAACAGCACAGCCACAGCCACAGCUCCAGGCACAGGCACAGGCAGCACUACAGCAACCACCUCUACAGCCACCACCACUCAAGCAGGAGCCACCUUAAGCCACGACAGCCAAGAGCAAGAGCAAGAGCCCAUCCGAAAGGUAAAGGUGAGCGCCAACGAAGCGCAUGAGACCGUAGCUGGGGUGGUGGCGGUGGCAGAGCCGCCCUGUGUGAAGCGUCAAUACUAUCAGCUGGGACCCGAGACCCUCAACGAGGGGGAAUCAGUGGCCCGUCCCUCAGAGAGCGUUGGUAAGGCAUCCACCAAGCAGAAGGCACCCAAGAUGCGCAGCCAGCCGACUCACAACUACAACGACGAGGAUCUGAGCGAACCCGAUCAGGAACACGAACCCAAAUCCAAAUCCAAGGGGCUUCCCCCUGUCAGUUCCAGGGGCAGUUCCAAGUCUCCGAGCGUCGAACGUCGCCCCGUCUUCAGGGAAACCACGUUCGAGGGCAGGCGCGUCUCCCAGCCCGAGGAGGAUGUCCUGCUCAUUGAGGAGCAGAUCCUCAUCGAUGAGACUUCGUUUCAGUCACGGCCCAGGCCCAAGUCCAAGCAGGGCAGCCCCGAGCCGGGAGUUACCCGAUCCAGGGCUCAGAGCCCCGAAAAACAGCCACAAUCUCUGCCAGGAGCUCGUCGUCCAAGCGCCGAGAAGCAGCUGCCGGCCAAGGAGAGCCCCCAGAAACAUACGGCAGCGCCACGACAGGCCAGUCCCGAGAGGCAGCUGCCCGGCAGAUCUCCCCUCAAGACGGCCCCGCUCGUGGGGCGUCCCAAAAGCCCUGAGAAAUCGGAGCCGGAAAGGGCUCAGAGUCCAGAGAAAGCGCCUGCGCCUGGUUUGCCCAAAAGAUCAUACCAGCUGCCCGAAGAGAGCAGCCCCCAGAAAGCAGCAGCCGAUAGGACGAACCUGCCCAAGGCCCAGACUCCCUUAGAGCCGGCUCAGAGUCCAGAGAAAGAACCCGGCUUCUCCAGAGGAUCACCAGGACAGAGCCCCGAAAAGGAGAGCCCCAGGUCUGGACCAAUUGAACCGUCAGUCCAGCAGCAAAGAGAGGAGGAACUCUUCCGCAGCACCACCAAAACCGCACAUCAGACACGAACAACGAAGAAGAAUCUGAACGAUGAAUUUCUAUCGAACGAACGCCAGGGCCAGCCCCAAAACGAAAAGGAACCCCAACCGCAACAGGAACCCCAAACCAAACCCCAACCGCAAACCCAAACCCAAACCCAAACCGAUGAAGCCAUUGAAAGUCCCGAUGGUGGGUUAUUCUCCAAAGGAGCGGACUCCGAGACAGAGCCAGUGCAGGAGGGGGCACCCACUUAUCGCAAAAAGGGUUUGAGUCGCCGCGAGACUUUUGAGGAUCGUUGUCGCAAGAUCCUGGGCAUGGAGGAGGAUGGCGAUACCCAGGGAAGCUACAUAACGCGACCCAAUGAUGAUGAUGAUGAUGAUGAUGAUGAUGCAGAUGAUGAUGAAGAUCAGAAUCAGAAUCAGGAUGCAGAGGAGGGGGAUGAGCAGGAGGUUCGGCAAAGCACCGCAAAACAGAGGAAAGAGACCAUUGAGGUAAGGAUCGAAGACUGCCUUGAUGACGAUGACGAUGAAGAUGAUGAUCAGCCGUCGCGUCGUGUAACCGAGACCUUUGUGGUGCGCACCCAGCCAAAAAUCAAGGUCGAGCAACCGCAGCCAGACUUCAGUGAGCUCUUUGUGGAUGUGCCGCAGGAGGAGGAGGAUCUGCCCAGGAAUCCCAAAGAGGAUGCCGAGACCAUCAAUGUGAAUGAGAAGACGACGAUUUUCAUCACCAGGCAGCCCUCGAAAUCUCCAUCGCCUUUGCCCCAGACGCCACGGAAAUCUUCCACCAAGUCGCCGUCACCUUUGCCAGCUUCCAAGCCCAUUUUCGAGCCCGAGCCGGAGCUAGAGCCGACGAGCUUCAUCACCGAGAAGGUCAUCGAUUGUCAGGGCAAGACCAAGAAGAAAUCACAACCGGAAGGCCCCACAACCAAGAAAUCUGCCCCCAAGAAAGAGGAAGCCCAGGAGGAACUGCCCAAGAAACGUCCAAGUGUGACGACGAGCAGGAAAACCGAAGCCCAAACCGAAACCGAAACCGAACGUCGCAAUUCACGCACAAGCCCUGCCAAACAGGCAACUCCGAUCCCAAAGGCCCAAAUCGCCCCAAAGAGUCCCAGAAAGGAGUCUCUGACGGGUCGAAAGCCAGAACCCACCGUCCCUGCCCCUGCCCCUGCCCCUGCCCCCAAGCGGGAUAGUGUGGUGGAGGAGACACGCACCACCACCACCACCACGAACACUACCACCAAAACGAAAACGGGACGAAAGCCUAGCGAUGGCAGGACCUCUCCUUCCAUCAAGGAUCGCUUGCGCUCUUCGCCGCGUAAGCAGAAGCCUCAAGCCCAAGCCCAAGCCCAACCCCAGAACCAGACACCAAGCAAAGCAGAUAAUGUGGAUGGGGAUACAACCACCUCCCCAGAUGUGAGUCCAUCGCGGGGUGGACCCACCACAGAGCGUCGUCGGUCGAGCAACAUUUCGGUGCACACGGAGAUCAUCAUCGAUCACACGGCCCCCAAGUCGCCGCGGAGCCAGCGUAGACCCCAGUUGAUAGCCGCCUUGAGUCCUGCCGCCGCACGGAAGUUGCCAGUGACCGAGCGCAAGGAAUCGGCACCCGUGCCGAGGGUGACGCGACGGGACAAGGCCGACAAGGUGAUGCGCUCCACCAGCGAGAACAUCAUUAAGGUGGUCAACGGGCAGAAGAACCCACCCACGCAGCAGCCCAAGCAGCAGCCCAAGCAGCAGCAUCAGCAUCAGCCCGAGAUGAGCAGCCUACGGCCCGUGGAACGGGGUGGCCGACCCAGCAAGUGCUUCACCACCAAGACCAUCAAUCUGAGCGAACAGCUGGUGACCAACAGCGAGGAUAUGAUCAUCGACAUCCAGCAGGCAAAGAGCUCCCGAGAGCCCUCGCCGGAUCGCAUCGUACCCACGCCGGUGAAUGCCGCCGCGCUGGACACGGGCAAGCCGCGCUAUCCCGAUGUGGUCCAGGAGCCGGACGAUGAGCCGCGCAAGAAGCCGCAGGUGACCAACAUCCCCAUCUUCGAGGAAGCGGCCAAUGCCUAUGUGGGCUGUCAGAUAUCGGAACUACGCAGCUCCAAUGGCCUGGACGACGACAUACUCGACAAUCCCAUGGUGGAGGCGCCCCAGAGCCUGGACUAUCCCACAACGAGUACCAGCACCGACCAGUCCCAUCCCGUGCAGCCCCUGCAGCCGCAGGACUCCGACGAGUGCCUGCUCAGCGUUCACGAGAAGGUCUCCCGGUUCACCCACUCCGCCGAACAGGUGAAGCAGCCACGCAGCUCCGUCCCCUUCAGCCGGGAGUUCGAUGCGAAUGCCAAGAUACCCGAGAACGACGAGUGCCUGCUGAGCAUCAACCAGAAGGUGGACAAGUUCCUGCGCACAGCCGAGAACAUCACCAGGCAGCCGCUCACGCCCACCCCCAGCAGAGAUUUGGAGCGCCCCAGCUUCGAGGAGAUCGACGAGGAGCUGCGUCAGGAUGACUGCACCCUGAGCGUCUCCCAGAAGGUGCACAAGUUCAUUGACACCGCCGAGAAGCUGGCCCCGACGGCGCCACAGAAGUCGCCACGCCUGGUGGCCAGCAUCGAGCGGCACAUCUCGCGGCAGGAGACGGACUUAGAGCAGGAGUCGGAACCGGAGCUGCCAUCGGAUCGAGAGGAUGAAGCAGCCCAAGAGCCCAAGCAGCCCCAGGAGGAGUCGGAAGAGGAGGAAGAGGAGCCACUGCCCAUGACCAAGAGCCACACCACGGCCAUUGAACUGAAGCGGCAAAAGGACAUCCUCAGCCGGCCAUCGGUGUUUGGACAGCCACGGGCCACAGAGGCACCGGCACCCCGCAAGCCAUCCACAACGACGACGACGACGACCAAACUGAAUGGCACCAAACCGAGAAGUACUCCCAGCAGCACCAGCACCAGCCUGAUCACCGAAGAGCGUCGAUCCUACAGGAAUCAGACCACAACGGGCAGCACCACGAACACCAAGCCCAAGUCACCCCAGCAGCCGAACAGCACCACCAAGGGAACCACGCCAGCGUCUGCCGCCCCAUCGAAGCUCACACCAACUGGUGGCUUCCCAACGAAACCCAGCACAGCUGGAGGUUCCCCAACGAAACCCACACCAGCUGGAAGCGGCGGCACCAAGCGAAACAUUGAACGAAACAUGGAGCAUGUCAGCCAGCAGCAGUGGGUGAUCAGCGAUGUUGAUAUGGAUGUGGAGGUGGAGGUGGUGGGACCACCACCACCAACUCACCAGAAACCCAACAGCCGCAAGCCUCAAUCGCGUUCGCCUUCUGCCUCGCCCUCGCCCUCGCCUUCAACUUCUCCGUCUCGGUCACCCAGUAGACGCACCAGCGCCAGCGUAGUUAAGACUGCCACCACAGAGCACCACCAACAGCACCAGCACAGCCACAGCCACAGUCACAGUCAAAGGCAGCACAGCAGCACCACCAAGCAAAAAAGUCCAUUAACUGUUCCAAGUCCAAGUCCAAGCCCAAGCCCGACUAACCACCCAAGCAAAAUCAUAGAAACAGUUGAUCCCGAACCCCCUGUACACGUUGACUCCCUUCCAGUAAUCCCAAAUGGCAGCGGCGGGGUAGGACGCACUCUGGCCACACGCAGGAAUGUGUUCGAGAAGACACCACAGCAGCACAGGCAGCACAGGCAGGCAGCCCCAACUGAGCCACAGCCUGGCGGGCGUCGUCCCUCGUACAUGGAUCACACCAAGAGCUCGCUGGAGCACAUACGCCGUGACUCUCUGGAGAUCAAUAAGAACAACUAUUCGCGCAAGUCCUCAGUGGAAGACGAUUCCGGAAUGGAGCCACGCAAUCCGAAUACCGCGGUGAAGUUUGAUGUGCCCAAGAAGGAGGAGAAAAUCAAACUGAGGGUUGAUCAGGAGAUUGAAGGGAUCUUCGAUCUGCAGAUACUCGAACAGCUGCUGGAGACUGUGAGCAGCUACGAGAUGCGUCGCCGUAUACGCGCGCAGAUGCGGCUCAUAAGAAAGAAUAUGAUCAAUGCGGGGACUGCCAGCAGCAGCAGCACCACCACCACUACCACUACGACGGUGGUGAAGACCUCUCCCAGUGCUGCGCCAGCGCAGCCAACGAAGAAGCAGCCCCAGCAGCAGAAUGCAACUCCUCCUCGCGAUCGUAGUCGCAGUCCGGAGUCCAAGACCAUUAGCAGCAGCCUCAAGGAAGGGCGUACCACCACCAGCAGCACCACCACCACCAGGAGACAGCGAGGAGAGCAGGUGGACAGCACCACUGGCCCAGGUGGAGCAACACCUCAGGGCAAGCCGCCGGUGAAGCCACGAGAGAGGAGUGCCAGUCCGGCCCUACGCCGCCGCAGCAGUCCGCCCGGCAAGCCAUCGCCUGUGAGCAGCAGCACAAGCACCACUCGGAAUCCGAAUCCGAACAGUGCCACUGGGGCACGUGCUGGUCCACCCAGCAAGCCAUCACACCAAGGACCCAUCUGGGCAGAUCGCACUAAGGUUCUGAAGAGUCACGGCCCCGUCUCGAAUGGUGGAUCCAGUCCGCGGAAGGGAUCUGCCACGAGUACCACUAGCAGUACCAGCACCACUGGGAAGACGACACGAACCCUGCAGAGCACCAGCACCAGCACUAGCUCCAGUUCCACCGCCAAAUCUAGCACCAAGGCAGGCAAGCAGCGCGAGGAGGACUCCAUCACAUCCAGCUACGGAGUGGGACCCACGGACGAGAAUGGACUGCCUCUCUUUGGGAUAAGAGCCCUCAAGAAGAAAAGCCAGCCGGCACCGUGUGAGACCAAGCAAGAAGUCACAGGCUAUGUGAUCGAGGAGCAGUUCUACUCGGACAACAAGUCCCCGCCCCGUCACGAGCGCAAGGAGCUGAUCUACUCGAGCAAUGCAGAUGAGCUGGCCUCCAUUCAGAAGCAGCUGCUGCUGGACGACGACUACCAGCCAGAGUUGAAUACCAAGCUGGUCAGAGAGUUCAAAAAAAUCGAGUCCGAGUCCGAUGGUCAGCCGCAGGCAGAGAUAGAUGCCAGAUAUGUCCGCCGGGGUUCGGUGAAGGAGCUCAGCGAGAAGUUCAUACGGAAGGAGUCCUCCUCGUCGACCCACUCCAGCACCUCGCAGUCGCUGAUCAGCAGCCGCACCGAGCAUGCCGAUGCGGAGGAGGAAGAGGAAGAGGAGACCGAGGACAGCGAAUCCAAUGAGGUGUGCAGCGUCAUCGAGGCACCACAGAUGCGCCAGGGCUCAAGCAGCACAACCACCACCCGAUCCAGCAACACGCGCUCCUUCCUCAACAGCAGCGCGGAUCAGCGGCAGGUGACCAGCGUGGAUGAUGUCCUGGAGCGCAUGCGAAAUGCCGAUAAUGUGGCGGAGCCUGGCGACACAAACGAAGAUCGUGAGGCACGUGCUCUGCUCAACAAAUUCCUUGGGGCAAGUGUGAUAAUGCAGGGCGUGGAGAGCAUGCUACCAGCAACGGCCACGGGUCAGCGUCUGAAUAGCCAAGGGGUAAAAACCACACGCAUAACCAAUACCUACAGCAAAUCGGGGACUGGCACGAGCACUGGCACUGUCAAUAGCAGCAGCUCCUCAGCACCAGUUACUCGCACAACUUGUGACAUCGAGGAGAUACAGGACGAGCAGAUCCUAAAGCAAUUGCUGGAACAGGCCUCCACCUACGAGGAGCGUCGCAAGAUCCGUGCACGUAUACGCGAACUUAUGGCGGAACGCGAAGAUCAAAAGAACUCAGCCGCAGCCUCUAAGCAGAAGGAGGAGGCGGAGGAGGAGAGCAGUGCCAGCGAGUAUGAGGAGAUCAUCGAGGAGGUGACGGACUAUAGCGACGACGACGACAACAACAACGAAGGGGAGACCACCACAAAGGAGUCGCUCAAGGAGGAGAAGAAGGUAGAGAAGAAGGUAGCCCCCGUAGUCUCCGUAGUCUCCGCAGCCUCCAAGGAGACCAAAGUCAACGAGAGUGUCACCAAAAAGUUGGCUAAAGUAGAGCUCUCCGAGCAAGCCACAACAUCCACGACCACAUCCUCGACAUCUACAACAGACGGUGUCCAGAAGGUGCAGCAGGGUGAGUCCCUGCCAGCAGCCAAAUCAGCAGCAAAAGCAGGAGCAGGGUCAGCCAGCAGCAGCAGCAGCAGUAGCAGUAGCAGUAGCAGUAGGAAACAGAGUAGUAGUCAGGUUAGCACAGUGGUUAGGGCCAGGGACAAAGCCAAGCCAGAGACAAUGCCAGCGGCAGCAGCAGCAGCAGCUGGAGUGGGAGCGUUAGCCGGAUCAGAGACGGGUUCGGGUGUGAGCAGAUUGAAUGUACCCUCCAAGGAGGACUCGGGCACGGAAAGUGGCGAGGAUCUGCGACUGCUGGCCGCCGGACUGAGGGACACCCUUCAGCAGCGGAGCGGCAGCGAUGCUAGCGAGGCACAUCGCAGCCUCCUCGAGGAGGUAACGGACGCCCUCAGUCGGCUGGAGAGCUCCCUGAAGCAGGGCAAAGAGCUGGCUGUCGAUGGGGGCCAGCGUCAGGCUCUCCUCGGACUUGUUGCCCGUCUCCAGAGUGGACUCAAUGCCCCAGAGAAACUGGCCGCAGACAACAACAGCAGCGGCAUCUCCGAAGAGGCUUCUCCCACCCAGGAGGAAAUGGAACUGGAACUGGGACUGGGCAUGGAGGAUCCCCGUUCCGACUGCCGGCAGUCGCGGUUCGCCAAGCGACGACAACGCAACAGCCGCCACACGGUGGGUGUCAGUCGAGAGGAGCUGGCAGACGCCAGGCGCUACAUGGAGGACAUGCUGUUGCUGGAGAACAACAAGAGUUUCGCUCUGGAGAAGAACGCCAGCUCGGGAGCCAUCACACCGGCUGUUCAGCUUUACAGACCCAAUCAGUUUGUGCCGCAGCAGCCACUGCCACCUCAGCAGCAGCCACCGCAGCAGCAGCCAGUGAAGCAGCAGAUUCCAGCCCCCCAAUCUCAGGGAUCCCAGCUGAGAGUGACCAACAACAACACCAACAAUAGACGCCCUCUGUCCGGGGACUAUGCGGUGAGCUUUGCCAGCUAUGAGGCUGCCCAAAAAGAGGGACAGCAGGAGGUAUCCAACUCCAACACUGGAUCUUCCUCCACCCGCUUUAAUGGUGGGAAAAAGCAUAUGAUGAAACGAGCCAACACCAUCGACAUACCCAAGGCAAAGGCCAAGUACAUGGUCGACUGUGACACUGACUCAGACCUGGAGGACGAGCACGACCAAGGCCCCCAUUUGGGCCUCAAGCGGGCCGUCCAGGUGAGCGUGAAGCGGCGCAUACAGAAUGCCGUACCACCGUUCGAGCCCAAGACGGAGAACGAUCACAAGUUCCUGGCCUUCAUCAACAAACAGAGCCAUCAGACGGGCCUGGGCUGGAGUGGUGGCGGCGGAGGACGCAGCGUUUCCAACUGGACGCACAAAUUCGGGAACAUCAAGCACACCUUUGAGACGGGGGCUGCGGCCACCGUGACUAAGGGUAAGCCACCGCCAGUGCCUGGCCAUGUGCCAGGGUGGGCCAAGCAGGAACAUCAACAUCAUCAGCAGCUGCAGCGGGAGCAAAUGCAGCGAGAGCAGAUACAGCGAGAGCAGUACCAGAGAGAGCAGCGCCAGCGAGAGCACCGGCAGCGAGAACAAAUGCAGCGAGAGCAGCGUGAUAGAAUCCAUCGGGAACAGCAACAACGAGAGAAGCUUCAGCGAGAGCAAAUGCAACGUGAUCAACUGCAGCGAGAGCAAAUCCAACGUGAACAAAUCCAACGGGAUCAGAAGCAGCGAGAACACAUCCAGCGCGAGCAAAUCCAACGAGAUCAACUGCAAAGAGAACAGCUACAGCGAGAACAUCUCCAGCGAGAACAGCAACAGCAGCAAGCGGCGGCAACAGCCGCUGCCCAAGCUCAUUCCCAAGCCCUGGCCGAGCGCCAGCGUCGGCAGGAAAUCGAACGCCAAUUGCUGCUCGAACAGGAGGCCAGGUACGAGCGCGAGCAACGCGUCCGCCUGGAGCAGGAGUACUACGAGCAGCAGCUCGAGCGCCAGCAGGCAGACCGUCAUCAGCAGUUGGAACGCCAGCGACUGCAGCAAGAGCAGCUGGAGCGGCAGCGUCGCCAAGAGAUGGAGGUACGCCUGCAGCACCAAAGGGAACAGCAGCAACAGAAACAGCAGCAGCAGCAACAGCAACAGCCCUUGAACCACUUUAUACACGCUCCCCAGUCCGUGUUCCGGCCCAUCGAUCAGGAUCUGCCAGCGGCUCCGAGCAUCUACAAACCCAUAGCCAAGAAGUCAGAGCCGCAGACGGGCUCUGUCUGGCAGCCCUCGGGACAGGGCAAGCCUCCAGUCCAACAGCAGCACCUGCAGGCACGGCCAGCGUACAGCAACACGCCGUCGCCUGCCUCCACGGCCACCUCGCCCAUCGGCCUGCCGUGGGUGGCCAAGCCGAAGGUGGACAACAGCGAUUUCCGCCGCAAGGCCUAUCACUUUGAGGAGCGUUCGCUGAGGGACAACCUGGAGCAGCAGCAGCAGCCGACCUAUCCUAUGGCCAGCUCCAACGCUGGCCAUGGCUACCUGCAGCGCCACAAUUCACUGCGAUCCAAGGGUCCGCCAGCGUCUCUCAGCGAAUUCAAGAAGCGCCCCUCGCUUCCCAAUGCCAUGGAGCCCGGAAUCGUGCCUGCAGUGGGAGGAUCACAUGGAGGCUCUCGCCAGCAGCUGUAUCAGCCACCGCCACCUACCAACAUAUCCUUCACGUACGCAGACUUUUCGCCAGUGCGCAGUCGCAACCCACAGAACCGACAGAACUACCGCAGCCAACCGUGCCUGCCCAGUGCCGUGGAUCAGGCAGAGGCCCUGACCAACCCCCUGGCAGCACCUCUAGUGCUGACCAGCUCCAAUCCCACCUACCUGCCUGGGGCCGGUGUCGUGGCACCCUCAGUUGGAUCGAGUCGCAGAUUCGACUACGUCACGAGUCCCGUGGAUGUGGACAACAGUCCGGCCAACAGUCCCACCAGCUUCCUCACCGCACCCAAUGCCCUGACCACUGAUAACACAGAUGACGAUCUCGACCUGGACUCGGACACCAAUAUGCUGGAGUAUCGGGCCGAGACGAAGGUGAUGCGCAAGCCGCGCAGCCAGACAGCCGUGACGGUGGCCGGUCGCAGAACGGCCCACCUGAGCGAUGAUGAGGUGUUCGGUCGCAACUCGAGGGCGGCCAAGUCGCUGCUGUACACCAUGAAGCAGCUGGGGGGCACCAAUGGAGCCCCCGUCCCAGCGCCAGUUGCACUCCCAAGAAGCAGCCAGCAGCAGUCCAGGGGACAACAACAGUCCCAUACGGCACCCAGUUCCCCGAAGCCGGGGGUAUGCCUAUCGCCGGACGGACGACAGUACCAGGCGCCCAUGGUGGAGCCGCUCUUCCCGCAGCUGAGCAGCUUCGAGCCCCAGCGGAAGCCCCAGUAUGCCCCAGUAUCCGCCUCACUACCAGCCACUCCCACCAGUGUGCCACCUUCGGCUCUUCCGCCGGUGAUCAACUACCAAGCGAAUCCCACCUACACACCGCCCCAGACCCGCUCCGAUUUGGGGGGAGGCGCACCUGGAGGCUACCUGGGGGAGACGCACACAUCUUACGUUGUCACCUACCCGCUGGACGAGUCCGGGGAUGAGCACGAGCCGGAAUCAUCCAUGUCCCUGUCGCUGAGCCAACGGCUGCGUCGCACCUCGGAGCACUCGAAUGCCAGCUCCUCGCUGUCAUUGGGUAGCACCAGCUGGACACCAAAUCCAAUGCACAGCACGAUCCCAGUCUCAGUAGCAGCCUCAGCCGUACCCACCCCUGCACCACCGCCAGUGGAUCGCAGUACGAAACCGCAGCUGUUUCCAGUCCAUAAGCCGGUCCAGGCGCCGCCCAGCAGCAGCAGGCCGCGCUUGAGCAUCCGCAGCCACACCAUUCAGGGCGAGGAAAUAACCGGAUACGAGAGCCACCAGAACCAGAGCCAGAACCAGAACCAGAGCCGUGUGAUGUCCCAGCAGUCGCUUAGUUCCUCAAUCUCUACCCGGACACAACAGCAACAGAAGGAGCUGCAGCACCUCAACGAGCUGCGGCGAAAGAGUUUGGGCAAUGUGUUGGAGCAGCGGGAGACCGCCCAGCGGAUGGCCUACUACGAGCAGCAGGAAGAGUACAAGUCCUCGGCACCGGCGGAUACACCGGACAUAGUCAAGUCGUCGCUGCCGAAGGAGAACGCACCGCUGCUGAAAAAAUUCGGACCGCCUCAGAGGCACCAUUACGUGCCCAAUGCAUACCAGAGCCCGCAGCUGAACAAGCAGAGUGCCGCCGGCAGCACAACAACUACAACCUCCGUUAUCAGCUCCACGACAGUGGUGCAUCAGCAUCAGCAGCAGCAACAGAAGCCCAGCAUUGUGGAGACGCCGGCAACGCCGCAGCCAAUGCCGCAGGUGCCGCCCGAGGACGAGAUACCCCAUAACAUAGUGUUCAACAAUGUGAGUGCCUUCAGCUCCAUGAGCCGCCGCAGCCAGGACGAGGAUAUCCAGCAGCAGCAGGGCUCGGCCGGAUCCCGCAUCAAUCGCCUGAGCAAAUGCGACUCCUGGAACCAGAUCUGCCAGCAGCAGCAGGGUGGUCUGGGACUGGGUCAAGGCCAGGCCAAGUACAGCCAACCAGCCACUACGUCGCCCGGAGAGCUCCGUCGCUGCAAGUCCGGCCACUCCCUGGCCGUUCCGAAGCUGUACGAGGCGGGGAUCGACAAGGCACAGAUCAGCGAAAAGCAGCGCACGGUGGCUGCCUACUUCUCCGGCCAGAAGUCGCCCACGGGCGGGCAGGUAGAGGAGCUGCGCACCACAAUGACAUCCACCUCCACGAGCAGCUCGUCUGCCGCCAGUCGGAGAUCCGCCAUCAAUCGGACAAAGACCAGUGAGAAGCUGUCGGCGGCGGCCCGCAAGUCACUCAGCUCCCUGACCAGCACCUCCAAUGGUAACGUGUCCACCGCUGGACUGGGACUGGGCCUGGGUCGCGGCAAUGCUGGUGGUGUGGCUGCUUAUGGCGGCGGCAGUGGUGGGCUCAGUCGCAGUGCCACCAUGCCGCACAUAGCGAAUCUCAAUCUGCUGGACGAAAGCAAUGUGGAGGAUGCCUUCGAGCAGCUGAUGAUGGGGCAGCACAGGCAGCAGAGCUCCACCACCAGCGAACAGCGCAGCGAGACCAAGUCGAAGGAUGGCGUCACCACAACAACCACAAAAGUUACCACGCACACGGUGAGCGGCAGCGCUGCCUCGAAGAACAUUUCGCCCUUGGCCAAAUUCAAGCAACUCGAUAAGCAGGCGGCCGCCCAAAAAGCCCAAAAAUCAUCUCCAACAACAAGCACACCCACGACCCCUGGCGGCGGUUCGUCACAGCCGCUGUUCAAAUUUACCGAUCCGGCAUUAAAUGCGCGCGCUGCCACUGUCAAGGAUCAGCUUCUGCAGUGGUGUCAGCACAAAACGCAGGAAUACGAGAACGUUCAAAUAAGCAACUUUAGCUCGAGCUGGUCAGACGGCUUGGCCUUCUGUGCGCUGAUCCACCAUUUCUUGCCAGAUGCUUUUGACUACAGUAAACUAACCAAACAGACGCGCAGACAAAACUUUGAGGUGGCCUUCAGUGUUGCUGACGAGAAGGCGAACAUAGCGCCGCUGCUGGAUGUGGAGGAUAUGGUUGAGAUGAGUCGCCCCGAUUGGAAGUGCGUUUUUGUCUAUGUCCAGAGCAUAUAUCGUCGUUUCCGCAAUUGCCAGUAGGGAGAGCAGCAGCGCAGCACCGUCGAUGGAGCAGCAAGGAAUAAGCAGAGGCCGCAGCAGUCAACUCAACAACUCUCAAUAGAAACAGCAACAGCAAACCACUCAUUAAAUUUUAAGCAGUUUUCUCCCGUCCACACACCACACAGCCCAUAACAUAACUGAGCAUUUCACCCACUCCCAAGGACCCCCCACAACCAGUCACACCCAAUUUAACUAUAAAACGGAACCGCAAAUGGCAGCGCAGGCUCGUCUAAAGUGAACCAGCAUCUUGUACGUUUUUUUUUUGUGUUUGUUUAUUUUUUUACUAUUAUUAUUAUUAUUACUAUUACACAUUAUUUUUUGUUAUCGAACGCGCAGCAGAAACUAUGCAAUAAUUGUUGAUUUAUUUCUUUGUCAUAAUUGUAAUUGUUAAAUCGCAGAACGAGAAGAAGAAGCAAACAAAGAUCUUCUCAGCACGAGAUCUUCGGCUACUAACCUUGAUGAAUUACUACCGUAAUAAUAAACAUAUUCUAUGUAA